AUGCGGCUAAAGGACUUCAUGCACUUUCCGGACAUUGGCUGCCGACUAGCUAUGAUGCGGUGUUACGAGUGGUUUGGCAGCGAAACGCCGCGUGUUCAUCAGACAUUGGCUCAGCGUGUGUGGUUUCGAUUUGGUGCCUUGAAUCUGAUCUAUCAAAACUUGGGCAUGGUCAUCUAUCUGUUCAUGGCAAAGUCACAGGUCGACAAGCUUAGCACGAUUGUAGCACAGAUUUCGGAGACCUGCAGCGUGAUGGGCCUGACGUUGGUUGGGGCCUGUAAUAUGUGGAUGCUGCUGCAAUAUCGCAGCGAUAUUGAGUCCAUGUUGGCCGACUUGCAACAGCUGUAUCCCAAUCGAGGCAUCCAAAGUCGGGUCUAUCGCAUUGAGUAUUACUUUGAGAAGUCGACGCGCCUGAUGAGAUACACGGCCAUUUUCUUCAUCUCUGCCUAUGGCUACUACAAUGCUUUGCCCGUUUUGCAGCUGCUGUAUGAGCUGCUGGCAGACUCGCAGCACGUCAGUUACCAGUACCAGAGCAAUACCUGGUAUCCCUGGCAGCUACUGGCCGCUCCGGAUUCAUCUAUAAGUUUCAUCGCAGCGUAUCUCUGCCAGGCACUGUCCUCACUGGUGGGCGUUGCCUUUAUUAUGAUAAGCCAGUUCUUGUUGUGCUUUUUCAUUACCCAAAUGCGUCUGCAUUUCGAUGCCUUGGCCAAUGGUCUCUACUAUCUGGAUGCUAGACAGCCAGAUGCUAAUGAGCAGCUGAAGGUGUUGAUUGCCUACCACAGCCGUCUGCUGUGCAUUGUGGACAAAAUCAAUGACAUCUUUAACUUUAUGUUCCUGAUCAAUUUCACAACAUCUACGAUUGCCAUCUGCCUGAUGGCCUUUGCCAUGGUCAUGAUCAGUUUGGCCUCGACCUUUAAAUACUCCGUGGGACUGCUUUCCUUUUUGGUCUUUACGCUCUUCAUUUGCUACAAUGGCACCGAGCUCACCUCGGCAAGCGACAAACUGCUCCCUGCUGCCUUCUACAACAAUUGGUACGACGGCGAUUUGGUUUAUAGAAAGAUGUUACUCUUCUUAAUGAUGCGCUCCUGCGAGUCGCGAGUGCUGCGCGCUUACAAAUUCACGCCCGUUUCUAUGGCUACUUAUAUGGCCAUGUUGAAAUUUUCCUAUCAGCUUUUUACUUUUGUGCGUGCUAUGAUAUAG